AUGGCAGGUCCACACCCAAGUCACACAAGUCAGGUUUAUACUCACACACUGGCGGCUGCCUCGCCGGACUCUUCUGAUUUCCGACGUGCACUCUGCCCGCUGCCGCUCUCCGCCUCUCCUUCUCCGGCUCUUCAUAUUCAUCUCUCGGAUAUUCUUACAAAUCUUGGAAUUCAAAGUGCAGUCCUCCCUCCCUCAAAUCAAUCACCAAAAACUUGCAUGAAGAUCAACAAAAUGAUCACAUCAAACCCAAUAUCUUUCUUCAUCCUACUGGCAAUAACCAGCCUGCUGCUUCCUACCUUGAUAAUCCCAUUUUGGGUUUUAAAAAUCAAAGCAAUUGAAAAGGAAGUCGAUCUGAUCACCAAGAAAUCUCAUGAAGAAACAUGGUCUGUCAUACAACAUGCAGCAACGACAUUGCUUCCAAUGAAAUCAUCAGCAACCAAUUUAGCUAAACUUGCAACCGUUUCUCUGAGUAAAACAGACCUCUCAUUCUCUCACAUAGAAUCUCAACUGUCUCCUUUGCUGUUUCAAGCACUGUUAACGAUCCCACAUCUGUCACAAAUUUCUUAUAUCACACAAGAUGGCUUGCUCUUUGCAUUAUACUCCAACAACCACCAGCAGAUAUUUUCUAUAUAUUCUAACACUUCGUUUUCUAAGCCCACAAAUUCUAGAAAGGGUUAUUCAUGGUACACUCAGCCUGUUGAUUCGGAUACAGGGAAGUUGUAUGGGGAUGCAGUUGUGUUUCCAUCUCAAGUUUUGGUUAAUGAAACGUGGUUACAACAAGCUUUCAACUCUACAAAUGGAUGUGCUUCAUUAGGGAAGUCAUUGAACGAUGUCAAUAAUUUGCUUGUCUUGAAUACAGCUGGUGUGGAUAAAAAUGGAGUCAUCUCACUUGGGUUUCACCUCAAAUCGUUAAUGAAUGUGUUCUCUGGCAUUAAACCUUCUGGUGGAGGUUUGUACUUGGCUACAAAAGAUGGUAAUGGUCUAAGAGAAGUGGAUGGGAAUAAGACAAUAUCUUUUCAGCUAUGGAAUGGGAAUUCACAGAUUUUGAAGAUUUCAGGAACAAAAUAUAUCUUGUACUCUUCCUCCCUUGACAUCAUGGGAAUGGAAUCGGUAUAUGUUUUGGCAUUACCAUAUGAUGGUGGAGCGGAAAGCAGGAUGCAUAAGAAUAUAUUAAUUGUUUUGUUGCUUCUUUCACUGCUGUUUGUGACUGUUUGUAUCUCCAUUUUCAGUUUCGUGGUGUUAACAGUGAGAGCAGCAAGAAAAGAGAUGUGCCUAACAGCUGCUCUUAUAAAACAGAAGGGAGCAACACAGCAAGCAGAAAGAAAGAGCAUGAAUCAGAGUCUUGCAUUUGUUACAGCCAGCCAUGAUAUUCGUGCUUCAUUAGCAGGCAUUGCUGGAUUGUUAGAGAUGUCCAUCAACGAGGUCGAUCAAGAAUCAGAAUUAGCUAAAAACCUGAAACUUGUGCAGAUUUGUUCAGGAGAUCUUUAUGGUAUACUCAACUCUAUUCUUGAUACAAGUAAAAUAGAAGCUGGGAAGAUGGAGCUGGAAGAAAAAGAGUUCGACUUGACAAAAGUAGUUGAGGGUGUGGUUGACUUGUUCUAUCCUGUUGGUCUGAAAAAGGGAGUGGAUGUGAUUUUGGAUCUCCAAGUCACCAAAUUUUCUCAAGUCAAAGGGGAUGAAGGCAGGCUUAAACAGAUAUUGUCAAACUUACUCAGCAAUGCUAUCAAAUUUACUUCAGAGGGCAAUGUGUAUGUUCGUGCUUGGGCCAGGAAGCGUAGAUUGCAGAAUUCAAGACUCGCACAUGAUGGAGAAUCUACAGGAUGCUGCUUGUUGUUCAGAACCACCGAAGCGAUAGAUGAAGUCCAUCACCAUCACCAUCACCAUGAUGAUCCUAAUUCCAUGGAAUUCGUAUUUGAAGUAAACGAUACUGGAAAGGGUAUUCCCAAAGAGAAACAAGCGUCUAUCUUUGAAAACUACGUUCAGGUCAAAGAAACGGAAACGGAAACGGCUCCUAAAAUUGAAGGCACUGGCUUAGGCCUUGGAAUCGUCCAGUCUCUGGUACGAUUGAUGGGCGGAGAGAUAAGCAUAGUUGACAAGGAAGUGGGCGCAAAGGGCACAUGCUUCAGGUUCAAUGUUGUGUUCAAGGUUUGUGUAUCUGAUCUCAGUGAAGACGACAAGACUGUGAAAAGCUCUCCUCUUAAACAAGGCUAUAAUUCUUCUAUAGUUGUUCUCUUCAUUAGCAGUGAUGAAAGGCGUAAGAUGGCACAAAAAUUUAUAGCAGCGCAAGGAAUUAAAGUUUUAGCAGUGAAAAACAUAGGCCAACUUUCAGAAAGUCUCCGGGAGUUCAGACGACAAGAAGAGGAACAAAACAGAUCAUCAUCUGAUUUAAGUUUCAGUUUUGGGUACCUGAACUGGCCUACACUCACAUCAAAUGGAGUUGAAGCCCGAAAAAGGAAUGAUAAUGAGGCAAGUCGUGUACCAAAUUUCAUAUUGCUUGUGAUCGAUACAACACGGGUUGACUUCAAUGAGCUAUGCAAAGCAGUUGCUGAAUUCAGAAAAGACUCCAAGAAUGCGUGUUCUAGAAUCGUAUGGUUAGGUUCUAAGUGCAUUCAACUCCAAGGCCUCGACCAGAAGAAGCUUCCCCCGUCUGACAUCAUCAUACCCAUGCCACUCCAUGGCUCACGUCUACACUCGUUGAUACAUCUUCUUCCAGAAUUCGGGGCACCAACACAUGCAAAUCAUCUGCAAAUGACAAAACGGAAUCGCACCCAAGAAGAGGAGGAAAUUGAAAGGUUUUCGAUGAGCAGUAGCAGCCCUUUGAGAGGGAAAAAAGUGUUGGUGGCAGAAGAUGAUUCUCUGCAGCAGAUGAUAGCCAAGAAGAUACUUUUGAAGCUUGGCCUCAGUUUUGAGAUGUGCAGAAACGGGAAAGAAGCUUUCACCACGGUCACCAAAGGGCUAAGUCAUCAAAGAAACCUCGGAGCUUCACAUAUUCUUCCAUAUGAAUAUAUCUUUAUGGAUUGUCAGAUGCCGGAAAUGGAUGGUUGUGAAGCAACAAGACUGAUACGACUGGAGGAGAAAGAUUAUGGUGUGCACAUCCCGAUCAUUGGAUUAACAGCACAUGCAGAGGGGGAAGAACUAAACAAGUUUAUUGAAGCGGGAAUUGACAUCAAUAUAUCCAAACCACUAAACGAGAACAAGAUAUUAAAAGUGAUCCAAGACCUCCACACAAGAUAUUAAUUGUUGGAGUUGGAAUAACCCAACCCAACCCAAAUACAAUCUCAGUUUGGUUUUAACUUUUAACAAAAAAGAAAAAACA